CUAACCCUAACCCUAACCCUAACCCUAACCCGCCUUAGCAUCGUAAGAGAGCCUCCCGCCGUCCGGGGAGGAGCCGCGCGGCUCUCGGGACGGGUGUCCCCGGUCCUCCGGGCCGCAGGGGAGCCCCGGAAGGAAGGCCCGGAGAUUCGGCCCCGAAGACGGGGUCGAACGAGGCCAGGUGUCGCCAGUUAGGCUUGAUUGGAAGCUGAUCAGAAGCUUCCUUGAUUGGAGGCCCUGAAUUGAGACCAGGUGUUGCUGAUUAGGGCUUGAUUGGAAACACACCUGCAUAAAUAGCUGGGCUACUGACGUGCCCUGCUCAGUUGCUAUCUGACUCUCGCGGAGUGAUGACGGCUUCUAAGUUUAAGAAUCGUUGCCCUGUCUGUCAGAGCAAAUCUUGGCGCCUGCGGAGCCACUUGGAUGACGUUCAUAGCGUCAGGAACGCCCAGGAGCGAAGGAUCCUGUUGGCGUUUGCCAGAGGGCGAGUGAGUGUUCGCGGCAUGAAGUGUCCCAUCAGCGGUUGCACUUACGGCGGGUCUAGGGUGGCGCAGCACCUCCUCGACGCUCACCGUGAUCUGGGAGCCAAGGAGAAGAGGCGCCAUUUGAGAAAGCUGCAGUGGCGCAAAACUCUGAGGCAGGUGAGAGAACUUAGGGCCUCAGGUCCCGACCCGCCGUUAGCCACCAGGUUGGACCUGGACGGUUCAGAGGGCAGCGAAGCCGCCGCCGCCGCCGCCACCGGCUCCCCGCCUCCCCCCCCUGCUUCUUCCCCUCCCUCGCAGGCUGAGCCCUGCCCCAGCCCUCCCCAUUCGACCUCGGCGGACUCCCCUCAGCGACCGGAGACAUCUCUUCCCGGCGGGCUUGGCACCAGUGCCGACGUGCCAGCCGCGGGCCCGGUGGUCGAGCUGGAGAUGACCGGAGUGCCGCAGACCAGGGCCGAACCCCAGGCCCCAUCAUCGAGCACGAUGUCUCGAAAAAUCUCAGAGCUGGAUCCCCAAACUCUUGCUGAGCUGCUCGCAAAGGAAGCACGACGUGGGAGCGAGACACCUGCUUUACGGAUUCGUUGCGCUCUACCUUACUUCUCUCUACGGCCAUCGAGCAGGCGUGAUGACCAACCUUACCACCGAAGAGGUCCUGGAGGCCGCGAGGGGCACCAGCUCUUCCUCUCCGGGGGUCGUACUCAAUGUCUUUCUCACCCACGAGGAACUGGGCUGGAUCCAGCGGUGGAUGGAGAUCAGGGCUCUGCUACGCCCGCGGUGCGAUCUGGUAUUUUUCAAUACCAACCACCGGCACGUGAAAAACAUCACCCUGUUCGCGAGGAACGCGUGGGCAGCCAUGCUACUGCCAGGCAGACCCUCCCUUACCGACAUCCGGACCGCCGUCGCGACGAUGGUAAGUUAUCCAGGAAGCAGCAGCAUCACCACCAUCCGACCCCUGCCUGCCCUCUGACUCUCUGCCCCCUUCUCCCCUCACAGUGCAGGAACACCCACUCCAGUGAGGUCCGGACGCAGAUGUCCCGGGUCAUGUGUCACGACACCCGCACGGCCGACCGAUUCUAUGCGAUGCAGCUUGAUGUCAACCAGAUGGCUGAGAUGAGGCGCAGAUUUGCCCAGUGCAUGGGAGAAGAAGCUGCCGAAAGUUCACAAUAAACUUUGAAUAAUGC